UUCGUUACUGCCUCUUAAAUCCACAAUCCUUUUCUACCUACCACUCUCAUAUUAUAUAAUUAAAUGUAGUUGCAUUGACCCUCUUUAUUACUAGUCUCACAAAAAUUUCAUUCAUAUUCCUACAAACACCAACCUAUAUCUAUUUGAAAAGGCCAAAUAUUCAAUUAGGUCAACAUUUCCUUGAGCUUAAUUAUAAUGGCUGCUUCUGCUUCUUCUUCUUUGUCUUCAUCUUCUAAGAAGGAUUCAGUGUACCGCGGAAUCCGGUGCCGAGGAGGGAAAUGGGUAUCCGAGAUCCGAGAGCCGAGAAAGACGACCCGAAUAUGGCUCGGCACCUUUCUGAAGCCGGAGAUGGCUGCGGCAGCCUAUGACGUGGCAGCACUGGCACUCAAGGGUGCAAAAGCGCCCUUGAACUUCCCUGCCAUGGUAGGGAAGUAUCCAAUGCCAGCGUCUAGUUCCGCAGCUGACAUCCGCAGCGCUGCCACCGCCGCGGCGCAGCUGAUUAUGGCUGAACUUGCAUCACCAACCAACAAUAAUGCAGUUCAGCCUAAUAUUGAUAAUGAAAAGAAUAAUAAUAAUAAUAAUAAUAAUGAUGAUAAUGACAACAAUAACACUAAUAAUGAUAGUGCUGCUCCUUUGUGUGAUGAUGGACCGGUUGAGUUUUUGGACGAAGAAGCAAUUUUCUCCUUGCCGAGUUUGCUGGUCGAUAUGGCAGAGGGAAUGCUGCUUUCUCCACCCAGAAUGAGUCCGUCGUCGCCCGACUCGCCGGAAAAUUAUUCCGGCGGAGGAGACAGUUUGUGGAACUACUAAUAAAUCUUAUUAUUAUUAAUCCCUUUUAUCUUCUAUAUAUUGAAAGUCUUCUUUUUUUUUUCGAUAUAAGUAUGAAUGCAAUGAUACAGUCAUCAGCUCUAUCCAUUCCCUCUCCUCUAGCUAGCAUUUGAAUCUAUCCAAUCCCUAAUAAAUACAAGCAAAUUAAGAAAUUUGGAUUGGUAUCAUAAUAUUCUGAUCACAUUUUAGUAGGACUAAG